AAAGUAGUGCUUUUUAGUAGUGGCUCACUCUCACCUAUAUAAAGCACAACAUACAUGCGCACACACAUACACACGUAGAAAGAGAGAGAUUAUAUAUAUAUUUAGAUACAGAAUGCGCAUGAUAUAUGUGUGUGAAGAAGAAGAAAAAGAAUUAGGAAGAAAGAAAGCAUCAGGGGCAUGCCCAUAUUGUGGAGGGACAGUGGAGGCUGUUGACAUUGAAGGCAAAGGGAAGCUUUUCUGUUUGCCAAUUUGCUUAAGGGAAUGUAACAGAGCAGCUGAUAGUUUGGCAAACUAUGGUCUCAAAUGUAGAGGUACAGUGUGGAUGAAUAAUUUCAUGGAGCUACCAAAAAACACAAGAGGAGAGAUCAAGGUGGAUAAAAUGCAAUUACCAUCUUUUAGAAAUUCCAUUGUAAAGAACUCUAUACAUGUGCAUAGACCAAUGUAUAGGAACUAUCUUAGAUGAACCUUGAUCUUUCUCUGUAUUAGCUGUGUGGAAUGUGGAUACGUUCCAUAUCCACAAGCAAAAUCUUGAAAUUUUUGUGAGCAUAAUUGAAAUCCUACUACCAAGA